AAAAUUUGUAAUUGAGACGUAAGUCAUCGAUUGAAACUUUUUGUAUUUUUGAAAGUAUUUUGUUGGUGAUGUUGGGGAGAGGACUUUGAUAGUUUGUUUUGAAAAGCUUUUUUUUAGUAGUACUUGUGUUUAGCGAAGCAUGCAGUGAACGAGACGAGAAGAUUAACAGAACAACACCAUCAACACUCUCAGCCAAAACUAGGGUUCCUAUUUAUCCUCCUAUCUUUGACAAACGCCCAUCUAUCUGAUUUUAAGCCCUUUCCCUCACUUUUUUUUUUUCAGACGUAAACCCGGAUACCAAAAAACAGGUUUUUUUUUUUUCUUUAUAGAGAAAGAAAGAAAAAGAAAGAGAGAGAGAGAGAGAAAGAGAAGGGAAUAGACAUAAAAGAGUUUUGUUUUGCUUGCCUUCUUUCUCUUUCUCUCCAUUAAAAAUCACUUCUUUGUAAAGAGGGAGUUCGAGACAUUAGGAUUUUCUUUAUCCUUUUUUCUCCUCCAUCCUCUUUUCUUUUUGUAAUAAGUUUGUUGGUCUUGUUCAAAUAUAAAGGUGUCUGAUAGAUUUGUCUUUAAUGUACAUGUUAAUCUGUAAAUUUGAGUUUUAGUUCUUUGGAGUUCCGAAGUUACUAAUUUCAUUCUCAUGGCCGAGUCAUGGCUCGGUAAUGAAGAAAAUCAGUCUGAUGGGAGUGUAGGUACAGCGAAAGGUUGAAAACUUGCAGAGUCAGAAGAAGAAACCAAAAAAAAAAAAAAAAAGAACAGAAGUUGAGUGCUUGACAGAGAAAAGGAAAAAAAAAAAGAAAUUUGGUUAAAGAAAAGGGAGUUGCUUUGAUGAGUUUUGGGGGAUUUCUCGAUAACAGCUCAGGUGGAGGCCUUGGGGGUGCAACAAUCGUCGCCGACAUCCCCUUUAGCAACAACAUGGCGGCCGCCGGUGCUAUGGCUCAGAACAUAUACAACUCUCCAGGCCUCUCUCUUGCUCUUCAGCAACCGAGUAUAGAUAAUCAGGGAGAUGGAGUUAGAAUGGGUGAGAACUUUGAUGCAAGUAUUGGGAGAAGAAGCAGGGAAGAGGAACAUGAGAGCAGAUCUGGAAGUGAUAACAUUGAUGGAGUUUCAGGCGACGAUCACGAUGCUGCCGACAACCGUCCUAGGAAGAAGAGAUACCACCGCCACACUCCUCAACAAAUCCAAGAGCUUGAAGCUCUCUUUAAGGAGUGCCCUCAUCCCGACGAGAAACAGAGAUUGGAGCUUAGCAAAAGGCUUUGCUUAGAAACCAGGCAGGUGAAGUUUUGGUUCCAAAACCGCCGUACGCAAAUGAAGACUCAAUUGGAACGCCAUGAGAACUCUUUGCUGAGGCAAGAGAACGACAAGCUUCGAGCUGAGAACAUGUCUAUUAGGGAAGCUAUGAGGAACCCCAUUUGCACCAACUGUGGAGGUCCGGCAAUCAUCGGUGACCUAUCUCUCGAAGAGCAACAUCUUAGAAUCGAAAACGCUCGCUUAAAGGAUGAGCUAGAUCGAGUUUGUGCACUUGGCAGCAAGUUUUUAGGGCGACCCCUUUCAUCACUAGCUACUUCAAUUGCACCUCCAUUGCCCAACUCCAAUUUGGAACUUGGAGUUGGUAGCAAUGGCUUUGGUGGUUUAAGCACAACCUUACCUUUGGGGCCUGAUUUUGGAGGUGGGGUAUCAAAUUCUUUGCCGGUGGUUCCCCCUAAUGGCGUCGAAAGAUCCAUGUUUUUGGAACUUGCGUUGGCGGCAAUGUAUGAAUUGGUUAAAAUGGCUCAAACUGAUGAACCACUUUGGAUUAGCAGCUUGGAAGGUGGGAGAGAAGUACUAAACCAUGAUGAAUACUCAAGGAUGUUCACUCCUUGUAUUGGCAUUAAACCAGCCGGCUUUCUCACCGAGGCAUCCAGACAGACCGGGGUGGUGAUUAUCAACAGUUUGGCCCUUGUUGAAACUUUAAUGGACUCGAAUCGUUGGGCGGAGAUGUUUCCUUGUAUGAUCGCGAGGACAUCAACUACUGAUGUGAUAUCUAGUGGCAUGGGUGGUACCAGAAAUGGUGCAAUUCAACUGAUGCAUGCUGAGCUGCAACUGCUUUCUCCUUUAGUUCCAGUUCGUGAGGUGAAUUUCUUAAGGUUUUGCAAGCAGCAUGCUGAAGGGGUUUGGGCAGUGGUGGAUGUGUCCAUCGACACCCUCCGAGAAACUUCAGGUGCACCCACAACAUAUGUCAAAUGUAGGAGGCUUCCUUCUGGUUGUGUUGUGCAAGAUAUGCCUAAUGGAUACUCCAAGGUAACAUGGGUUGAACAUGUAGAAUACGACGAGAGUCAAGUUCACCAUCUCUACCGCCCUUUACUAAGCUCCGGCAUUGGCUUUGGUGCUCAACGUUGGGUCGCCACCCUCCAACGCCAAUGCGAAUGUCUUGCUAUCCUCAUGUCCUCCACUGUUCCCACUGGAGACCAUACUGGUAACCCCAUCAUAACACUAAGGAGAACGGAUUUAUAUACAUACAUACAUACACUAAUAGUUACAUUAAUUUUUGUAGCUAUAACGGCAAGUGGGAGGCGAAGCAUGUUAAAGCUAGCGCAGCGGAUGACGGGUAAUUUCUGUGCGGGAGUGUGUGCGUCGACGGUUCAUAAAUGGAACAAGUUGAAUGCAGGGAACGUGGAUGAAGACGUAAGGGUGAUGACACGGAAGAGCGUGGACAACCCUGGGGAGCCUCCGGGCAUCGUGCUGAGCGCCGCUACUUCAGUUUGGCUGCCGGUGUCACCUCAAAGACUAUUCGAUUUUCUGCGGGAUGAACGGCUGAGGAGCGAGUGGGACAUCUUGUCCAACGGUGGUCCCAUGCAAGAGAUUGCCCACAUCGCCAAAGGCCAAGAUCACGGCAACUGCGUCUCCCUCCUCCGUUCCAGCGCCAUGAACACAAAUCAGAGUAGCAUGUUGAUAUUGCAGGAGACAUGCAUGGACGCGGGUGGAUCGCUUGUGGUCUACGCGCCCGUUGACAUUCCAGCCGUGCAGGUUGUCAUGAACGGUGGUGAUUCUGCUUACGUGGCUCUCCUGCCUUCUGGUUUUUCCAUCAUCCCUGAUGGUACAGCCUCUCCUGGACCCACCACCUCAAAUGGGAAUGGAGAUUCCCACAGGGUGGGUGGGUCCCUUCUCACCGUGGCUUUUCAAAUAUUGGUCAACAGUUUACCCACGGCCAAACUGACGGUGGAAUCGGUGGAGACGGUCAAUAAUCUCAUCUCAUGCACCGUCCAGAAGAUCAAAGCCGCCCUUCAAUGCGAAAGCUGAGGGCAAUCGGUUUCUUUGAUAGCUCUUUUUUUUUUUUUUUUAACAUGGAAAUGUGUGAUGUUUUUAGAUGGUAUUGUGUGAGAAAAAAACAAGAAAGUGUGUGAGUGGGUGAGUUGAGUCAAGAACGAACCUCUGGGGGAGACUCCUUGCAAUGCACGGUGAUGAAAGAGGUAGUGAGUGGGUGGGGGAGCAGAAGGCAAGGGUGGUGGUUCGGGUAUUGACUCAGGUCGACCCGCUCGAGAAGAAAAAAAAAAACCCAAAAAGAAGACAUCUUCGCUUUAUUAAUUCCAAGUCUCUUAUUACGUGGGAGAAGAAGAGAUUGCUAGCGUUGUAUUGAGUUUGUCACAUCGAAGUGGUUUGGUUUCUGGAAACAUACUAAAUUAAUGCAUUAAUUUCAUAGUUGGUUGAAGGAACGCGCCGCCGAUGCAAGUUUAGAAAGGGGUGUGGGGAAGUAAAAAAAACAGAGCCACGUUUGUGGUGGGUAUUUGACAGACAGGAAGAGAAGGGGUUUCUGGAUUAUAAUGCGAAGGGACAUGUAUGGUUGGGUUUGCCAGCUUAGCACUUAAAAUCUCCGAUGCUGAGAAUUUGGUUGAUAUAAAGCAGCUUUCAGGUCUGAUGUGCUGGUGGCCAGCGGCGACGCUAUAUAUAAAGUAAUUUUGAGUUUGUUUUUUUCAAAAUUAGAUUGUGAUUCAGUUACUACUACUAAUGUCUUAAUAUCAUUCUAUUUUAAAUUAAUUUUUAAUUUUAGAGGUUGCAUGUCAACACAA